AUGGGCUCGACCUCUGCGUCUCCUCCACCUUUUUCGCUCGAUUCGAUUCCGCUCAACUCCCGCGUGUGGCUGGCGGUCGAGCUGCUCUGCAUCCUGGCGCAAAUCUCCGCGGGCGUGUGGGUGCUCGCGCUUUUCCCCCACGAAAACCCCCCGGUGCCGCUGCGUUUGUGGAUACUCGGUUACACUCUCGGCUGCCUCUUGCUCCUCCCGCUGCUGUACUUUCGCUACACUCACCGCGCCCUCGGGAACGGCGAGGAUUUUCUGCUGUGGCAGCAGCAGCAGCAGGCAGAGGAGGAGGAGCGGCGGCGGCAGUGGCGGCUGCGCGAAACGCCGUCGCGGCCGGCGAUGGCUUCAUCACGGCCCGUGUCGCCUUUGAGACUCCCACGUGCCGCCCCUGCCGCCGUAUCAACGGUCGACCUAUCCUCCUCAGACUCCUCUUCGGUCUCCUCUUCCUCUAAUUCCUCUCCCUUCUCUUCCUUACGGCCCCGCUCGCCGGGAGGGCUGGUGUUUACGGCGGCGCCUGCGGCGGCGCAAGCGGCGCCUGUGGCGGCGCAAACAGCGCCCAAUUCCCCUUAUCUAGGCGCGAGGGUGAGCGGAGGCAGGGGGGAGGCGGCGGGCGGAUGGGCAAACCCUUUCGGGGACAGCGCUGCUGGGAGUGGAUGGACUGCUGCCAGCGGUGUAGACAUGUACAGUGCAAUAUAUUAUAAUGGUUACGAUUAUGACGAUGACGAGGAUGAAUUGUACGGUGAGGGGCGGUACAGCGGGUUUCGGCACAUUGCGGCGGCGGUGGGAGAGAGGAUGCUGUCGUGCGUGCGGUGGAUAGUGGACGAGCUGCAAGACGACGCACGGGUGCUGGCUCUAGUGGAGCGUUACAAAGUAACACUUGACUGCUUCUUCGCAGUGUGGUUCGUGCUGGGCAACGUAUGGGUCUUCGGCGCUAAUUCCGCUGCCACCACAGCGCCCAAUCUUUACAAUCUGAGCGUGCUGUUCAUAACCCUCAGCUGCGUGAGCUACGCGCUGCCGUUCCUCCUCUGCGCCGCCAUCUGCUGCUGCCUGCCCUGCCUGCUGCACCUCCUGGGCCACCCCCACCAAGACGACCACAACGCAUUCCCGCUCGCGCGCAGCAGCAGAGGCGCCACCACCGCCGCCAUCACGACCCUCCCCUCGUUCAAGUACCGGAGGCUGCCGUAUGGGAGGGGUGGGCGGGUGGUCCGCCUGCGAGGGAAACGUGCUGCUGCUGCUGGUGCUGCUGGUGGUGGUGGUGGUGCUGCUGCUGCUGCUGCUGCUUCUGGGAAAGCGGCUGUCUCUGACGGUUUCUUGAUAUCCAAGGCGGGCAGGCAAACGGCCGCAUGCAUGGGAGGAAGACCCAGUGAGGCAGGCAGUGGGAGCUUAGGCAGGGAAGGGGGAGGGACGGGAGCGGUGGGAGGAGGGAGCGGAGCAGAGCAGGGGCGAGGGGGUGUUGGGGGAGGAGCAGGCGGGUGGUUUGGUAGAUUGGGUGGAUACCUGAUGCGACGCACUGCAGGUGCUGCUGGUGCUACUGGCACUGCUGGCACUGCUGGUGCUGGCGUUGAAUAUCCUGUCGCUGCUGCUGCUGCCAGUGGUGGUGGUGGUGGUGGUGCUUCUGCCUCUGCUGGAAAUGCUGCUGCUGGUGCGACUGGCGGGGCUUGCGCGGCUGGAGAUAGGAGGAAGAGUGCGAGUGAGGAGAGUGAGAAGGAGAGGGAAAGGGAGGAGGGAAGUGAGAGUGAGGGCGACUCGGAUGAGGAGGAAGAGAGUGUGGUGGGGCUGCUUUGGCCUGGCACGGACAAGCAGAGACCAGUGCGAGGGGGGGAUGCUCUCUGCUGCAUCUGUCUGGGUCGCUAUCGGGACGGGGUGGACCUUCGAGAGCUGCCCUGCAGCCACCACUUCCACCAAUCCUGUGUUGACACGUGGCUCAAGAUCAACUCCUCCUGCCCGCUCUGCAAGGAGGACAUAGCGAGCCGCCCGAGACUCGAGGCUGAUGCUGCGAGCAUCCCUGUGGCCCCCUUUGUUUGA